AUGGGCGGCCCGAUGGGGCGGGUGGCUCGCGGUGUAGGCAAGGUGGUGGGCGGUACAGGGAGGGCGGUGGGGAGGACAGUGCGGAAGGUGACAGGGCGGAAGAAGGUGGUAACAGCAAAGAAGGCCGUGGGGACGGUGAUGCUGUUCAAGGUGGUUCAGGAGGCUGCUGUGGCUCCGCCCGCUCUGCCGGCCACACUUCAGGCCAUACCCCCCAUCGACCUCUCGCAAGUGUCUCGGGUGCGCUACCUCACUAUCUCCGGCAUGACGAUGAGCGGUAUGGGCGGAGGCAUGGGCGGGGGCAUGGGCGGGAGAAUGGGCAGGAGAAUGGGCGGCAGGGGGAGAAGAGUGCGGAGGCGAGGGAGGGGCAUGGGGGAGCUGUGGGGCAUGUGGGAAGACAUGAGCAGCAACAUCUCUGCAACCUCCCAUGCUGUGCAGAGGAGCGCCAUCAGGGGGCGCAUGGGGAUGGGCAUGGGGGGCGGUGGGAUGGGAGGGGGUGGAGGAGGAGGCAUGGGGGGCGGGGGGACGUCAAUGAUGCGAUUCACGAUCGAUGGCAAGGGCUUCAUGGAUACUGCCACAGAGGUGGCUGCAGCAGGAGCGUCAGAGUUAUGGCACAUAGUGAACACAGGCUCGCACGCGCACCCCAUUCACAUCCACCUGGUGCAGCACCGCCCCAUCUCCCGCCGCCCCUUCAACGCCGCGGGCUUCCUCAAGGGCUCGUGUGCGCUGAGCGGCGGCAGCAGCAAGCCGAGCUGCUACACCGGGGGUGCGGAGGCGGUGGGGGCGUGGGAGAGCGGGUGGAAGGAUACGACGCUCGCUCUGCCUGGGCAAGUGCUGAAGCUGUUUGUGAGGUUCACUGCUCAGGAUGGGUCGGCGCUUCCGUUUGACGCGACAGCGGGUCCGGGCCACGCCUGCCGCCGCGUAUGCCGCUCGCCUGCCCCUCGCUUGCCGCGCGCCUACCGCAUGCUCGCCGCACUUGCCACGCGCCUGCCGCCACGCCUUCCACACACCUACCCCUCACCUGCUGCACGCCUGCCGUGGCGCCUACCGCGCGCCUGCCUCUCGCCUGCCACAACUCCUGCCUCUCGCCUGCUGCCGCGCCUGCCAACCGCUGAACCUACCGACGCACAUGUCGACGCCACAGCGUCUGCAGCUGUUGUCGUUGCUGCCGCGUCUGCAUGUUGUGCUGCCCGUUGUCUGCCUGCCUGCAUCUGA